AUGACGGAUGUUGCAGGACUAGUUGUUGGCGUCGCUGCUCUGUGGCAGACCGCUGUCACGAUUUAUGAGCUGGUCGAUUCUUCGCGGCAGUAUGGCAUGGACUACGAGAUUCUCAAUGUCAAGUUCGAGGUUGAGCGUGUCCGGCUGGUCUGCUGGGGCGACGCCGUUGGGCUAAAGAGCCUAGUAGUGUCACGCGACUCGAACCAGCCUCCACAGAGCUCGGGUGCCGGAGACACUCAGGCAUCGAACGAAGGUCCGAAUCCAAGGCCAGAUCCACGUCUCAACCGUGAGGAUAUACGCACCGCCGUGAUCCGUCUCCUCAGCUGCAUUCAGCACGCAUUCGAAGACACAAGCCGCCUCCAGGAUCGAUACGGAUUGCAGCCCUACAGUAGUACCGAUGCCGCGAUCGUCUUGCAAUCCGAAGAGACGAAUCUUCCGCCGUCGCAGACACAGCGCAUCCUCCAUGGCGUCUUCAAGCGUGCCUACGAAAACCUGCGCAAGGUGGCGCGGGACCGGCAACGUGAUACACCGCUCACGCGAAGGACGGUAUGGGCAGUGCGCGACCGCAAAAAGUUCAUGGUGCUUGUCGCCGAACUGCGCGGCUUCAACGAUAGCCUCGAGAGCCUCUUUCCCGACGCCCAAGCGCGGGCGGCCGAGGCCAUGAGGAGCGACAUCGACGCCGCCGUGGGGAUACGCGAAUUGGCCCUCCUGCAGCAGGCGACGGCCGGUGAGCAUGAGGCACUGUCUGAGCGCGUGAGCAUACGGCUCGACGAACUGGGCGUGUCGCUGUCGGCCAGGACCGAGCUGCUGUCUGUGUCGGGAGCUCGGAGCGAUACGGAUAGCGAAGCCACGGUCGAGAACGUUGGAAAUGCACAAGAGGAAGCACAAGAGGAAGCAGACGAGGAAAUCAGACGAGAUGAUCGAGAGGGGGGCCAGCAGACAGGACCUAAAAUGACCGAGUUGGAGAAGCGGCUGGGUGAGCUAGAGCUGUUUGUCUCCAAGAAGAACUCAGGUGCGCUGACCACGAGAAUCUUCGGGCCCUAUUCCGGCCUUGCCCACGUCUCGGCUAUUGUCUACUGGGACGGCGAAAAGCAUGAUAGGGAUCCGCCUGUGUGGGUGGAGAGCGAAAAGGGAUUUGUAGGCGUGUCGCACGCGGCUUUUGAACUGUACAAGAGGAAAAAGUACAUGAUGAAGCACCGCCGGGACAAGUAUGAGUCACCCGACUCAGAGGACUACGUACUACUUGAUCCCGAGAGCCACGUCAAGCUAGAGAAUGUCAAUCCCGGGACUGUUACGGUGGAAGGUUUCGGACUCGAAUGCUGGGACUUUGAGGAAACAAAACCAAGGGAGCAGACUAUCUUUGUCAACCGUUCAAAGCUCCCGGUUUUACGUGCUUGCAGACUGUUGCGCCGGCUGAACGAGAUCCAAACAAAGUCAGGCAAGUUCGGAUGGAGCCCAACGACGGAGGAGUUAAAUCUCAAGGAGUUUGUUGGCACUCUCGGCAUCGUCUACUACGACCAGAACGCCGCGAAAGACCCAAAACGCUGGAUUGGGAAUCUCUUCGACCUCAUGAACCGCACCGACAUCUUUGCCGACUUUCUGACGGAAUCCACUGUUGGCUUGCAAUGGGCGAGCCCUGCGAGCGACCACUGCAUCGGCAUUUGGGACUUCCUCCGGCAGAUCAUCCUGAGCUGGGAGCUGGCGGUGAGGUUAAAGCACUACGAGAGCGGCCACUUGGGAUUUACUCCGCGAAUUCUUGCCAGCCUUAUCGUAUCCGAUCUGUGGCUCAAACACGUGAAGAUCGUCCUCGCCGACCAAAAGAUCGAGACGGAAGGCCUGGAAAGACCAGAGACGGCCGAGGAAAAAGCGAAAGCUGAAGAGUUUAAAGAGAAUGGCAACGACUCCAUGAAGCACGGUGAAUACCAGAAGGCCGUCGAUUUGUACACGGAAGCCAUGAAGAUCGACCUCGGUAACGCCGUGUACAGAUGCAACCGGUCAGCAGCGCUUAUCGGGAUAGACAACUUCGAAGCGGCCGAGGAGGACGCCUACGUCGCGACCCAACUUGACCCCAAAUACGCCAAGGCGUGGUCCCGCAUGGGUAUGGCCAUUCUCAAGCAGGGACAGGGAAAGCGGGCAAAGAAGGCAUACGAGAGGGCAUUGAGGGUAGCCGGCAAGGAUGGGAGCCCAGCCAUGCGCAAAGGACUCGCGGAUGCCGAGGCACGAAUCAAGGAAGCGGUUAAGGCCAUCAACGAGGAACCUGACGAUGAGAAGGCGCAUAACCUGCGAUCCGCCUUUCUCGACGAAGACUGGGAGAUCAUGGGCAAGACACUGGAGCUGCACUCGCUCGUACACGAGCAGCAGGUUGAGGGCCUCCUCCACUUCGCGGAGCGCAUCAAGUGGCCCUACAUCAACGAGGUCCGCGACUAUGCCGAAGAUGCGUACAGCGCCCUCCGUAGUGGCAGUACCCUUAACAUCCACCUGCAUGACUGGCUCUUUGGGAUCACUCUCCCAGGAAAAUGGUUCGCCUUCAAGAUCAUGACAGCGCUGAUCCUCUGCACUCCGAGCCUCAGGGACAAGGUCGGCAUUGCCCAUUACUACGACUGCGGCCUGUCACUGCCCACGCGCUCAUACUGGCGGGUCAGAACGGUGUUGGGCCGUGUGCUGGGUUGUCUGCCCGGUGUGAUCUCCCUCUGCGGCUGGAUCGGACCCUGCCCGCGUGUCGACUUCGAACCUUCCCUCGAGGUACCCACCAAACCUCGCCACAUCCGCAUCAAAACCCGUCGCGUCGCUCCCAUCGAGCACCACUCCGACUCGGCCGACGGCAUCAUCCAUCUUGGCGGCCACCACAAUCCCUACUACUCGGCUACCCGGAUCCAGCCCAACGAGGAAAUCGAUCCCUACCUUGCUGACAUGAAGGACUCGUCCAAAUGGAUCAUCCCGGAGCCGCCGGUGCGCGACAUCAGCACUUGCUCCAUCGAAUCGAUCAAACUCACCAAACUUCCCCUCCGUACCGACAUCGCCCAGAAGGCCGCCUCCUCCUCUUCUCCGGACAACGACUCUUCAGAUUUGUUGGAUAUCGAAAACGAGACCGAAUACCGUGCCAGCAUUGUCUUCCGCCGCGACGACAACACACCCGACCCCAUCACCUACAAGCUUUACACCAACCCCAUCUUUGUCAUCCCGCCUGCUUGUCACCCCGGGCCCAAGGGCGACGGCUCCCAUGAGGUCCACAUGCGUGAGCUGAGAUACUACCGGAAUAUCUGGUCUAUCGAGCGGCUGAAGGAGCAUACACCGGAGGCCGAUCUCGACGAGAAUGAGGGUGAGGCACCGGUGAUGGUGAUCAAUGCAACAGGGAAGGGGGCCGAGGCGUUGGCGAGGGCGUGGUGUUCUGAGCGCGGCCGCAAUGCGGUGAUCAGAAAGGAGGGAGGGCCGUGUUUUGUCUGUGCCGUCAGGGCAGCCGGGCUGGGCGGGCUGGGUACGGGGGUAUUGAUCUGGACUGGAUAA